CUGGACUGACUGGGAUGCCAGUAUGCCAAGGAUCGAGGCAGCCUCUAUGAGUGGGGAGGGUAGGAGAACCAUCCAUAAGGAGACCGGCAACGGGGGCUGGCCCAACGGACUCACUGUAGACUACCUAGAACUACGCAUCCUGUGGAUCGAUGCCAGGUCAGAUGCUAUUUACUCAGCCAAAUACGAUGGUUCCGGCCUGAUCGAGGUGCUGAGGGGACACGAAUACCUGUCGCACCCACUCGCAGUCACUAUGUACGGGGGAGAGGUUUACUGGACGGACUGGAGGACCAACACACUGGCCAAGGCCAAUAAGUGGACCGGCAACAAUGUAACCGUGGUCCAGAGAACCAACACACAACCUUUUGACCUAAAAGUCUACCAUCCCUCCAGACAGCCUCAGGCUCCUAACCCAUGUGCAGCUAACGAUGAGAUGCGUCCCUGUUCUCACCUGUGUCUCAUCAACUACAACCAGACCUUCUCAUGUGCCUGCCCUCACCUCAUGAAGCUGGGAGCAGACAAACACACCUGCUAUG